AUGGACUACAACAAAUGCAUCGACUUGAUUCACGACGCACAGAAGGAUGUCUGGGUAGACAGAGUGAACGCGGGCCGCGUCGACGGUCGCAUGUGCAAUUGGGUCUCGACCCUUCAUCCUGAUCGAUUGCCAUGCCGACUCGAUGGCGGCUUUCUGCAUGGUGCAUACAAUCUAUACCAGAAAUUCAUUUUCGCCGACAACACCACGUGGAUACUUCGAUUCCCCCGCGUCGGGGCCAUUUGUGACGAUUACGCCGACGAGAAGAUCGCCAUGGAAGUAGAAGUGCUGAGUCUUGUCCGCGAGCGGACUAGUAUUCCAGUUCCGGUGAUUUACUCAUGGGGCCUCGCUGCCGACAACCCGCUUGGCCUGGGCGCAUUUAUUCUGAUGGAGUUCAUCGAAGGCGUGAGCGCCAACCACUUUCUCCGGGACCCCAAAGCCACUGCCGACACAAGACUGAUGCGAGGGGAUAUCAGCGAUAGCGACGUUGAGAUUUUGUUCCGGCAGAUUGCUGGUUUCCAACUUCAGCUUUUUGAGCUUGACUUUGACCGGAUCGGCAGCCUGCCAACCCCAAAGACUGGGUGUCGAUACUUUUGGUACGUGCUUUUGUUCCUUUGUUUGGUUUUCUCGACGACAAAGGAGUACUUUGAGUAUGUUGUCGUGCAGGACUGCAAGCAGCUGAUCCAGCAGCCGAAUUCGGUAGCUGCACCAUAUGAUGCUGAAAACAAGUACACUUCGUUCAGAGUCCUAGCUUCCCUCGUGCCAGGGAUGAUAAAUGAGAGGUACAGUUGUGGCCAGUUCAAACUCAUUUGCGACGACCUUGGCCUGGCCAACUUGAUCCUCAAAAGCGACACUGAUCUUACAGUCGUUGGGGUCGUGGAUCUUGAAUGGUCGUACGUUGGGCCGGCGCAACUAUUCGCAUCAGCGCCGUGGUGGCUUCUUCAGGAUCGGCCGAUUAACCCGGAGUGUGAUUGCGAUGAUAACCAGCCGCCGGACAUGGCCACGCGGUAUUUCAGAUAUCUGGAGAUAUACAAGCGUGUUCUGGAGGAAGAAGAAUCGAAACGGCCGGGCCACGAGAGGAAAGAAGUCUCUGACCUUGUCAGGUGGUCCGAGGACUCGGGGGCAAUGUGGCUUCACAUGCUCCUCUCGUGCGGCUUCAACGACACUUACAGUUUCCCCUUUAUGCAACUGCGACAGCAUGUGGGUGUCGAAAAGUGGAAAAAGCGUAGGUGGGCAGUUGACCCGGACGAGGUGAGGGCCUUCGUGGCACAGAAGAUGUUACAGUUGGAGGAGUACGACGCAGACUUGGCCAAGACAGAGGCGGAUAAAGCCUGCGUGGACCGUGGAGAGCUGACGAGGAGAGAGUUCAUUGCUAAGUAUAGCCACACUUUGACCAACAGCGCGACCCCGGAUUUUUGA